CUAGCUCGUCGAUCUGCCUUUCUGCUUCCUGGUUGUACCAUUUUGCUUCCUGGACUGGAGCUGGAGGCUGGACAUGUUAAAGUAUGUAUUAUUUCCUCUUGUAAGAUCGACGAAAGGAACAAGAUUCCGUGAUUCGAAAAUUCUGAACUUCGCUUUGCAAAAUGCCGGAACAGUCAAGGGGUUGUCAAUUGAUGAACUAGUGGAACAGAUACGUCACGUCUCGUACGUUUACGACAAGAAGGGAACCCUCAUCGCACCGGUCUGUAGCGCAGCGGCUACUCUCCCGGUUAAUUAGCAGGAGAACUGCGUGUUGGUGCAGGGCGUUGAGAUUGCACUCAAUCAAUCUGUCAACGGAAUUCACAAGCCAGACCAAGUUAACAAUCACUGAUCUGGGUGUAUUAUCAGUGACAUUGAUCCGCUCCAAUUCUGAUUAACUUUCACACGUGAACUGUAGGUGUAGUUGACAUCAGUACUGCCUGCAUUAUUCGACCUUGGCCACCUAUGCUGAAUUGGAUGUUAUGAUACUGAACUUUAUGGACCUAUACAUGUUAAUUACAUGCACCAGAUGAUCUUGUGUAGUGUGUAUUCUGUGUUUUGAGGUACAUGUAAUAAUAAUCUCUCAAAAUGGGAGAAAUAGUGAAAUACCGUGCUUUGCACGACUAUGAACCCACGUCGGAUCAGGACAUCAUCAUGAAGACUGGAGAUGUGUUGGUGGUGGAGAACCCCGAGAGGUUGCCUUACUUCAAGGGUACGGUGGAGAAGCCGGAGAGUUGGUUGGAAGGAAAGAAUGAAAGGACUCAAGAGAAAGGCAGUUUUCCUGGAACGUAUGUUAGUCUGUAUGAGAGGAAACCCAAAAUUGGUGGAGCAAGGAACUAUGAAGUGGUAUCUGGUCUCAAGCCCCCGCCACCCGCACAUGAAGUACCUGCUGAUGGGACUGGAGCGUCUGGAGGUGAGUAGUCGGACCAUUCACAUCCUCA